AUGGCGAUACCAUUUGUGCCGUCCUCUGGCCCUGCCCCGAUGGCACCUUGGCAUAAGACGUCCCCUUUGCCGGCGCCACCUUCGGCUCCCUGGCGGAGCGCGACGCUGCCGGCACCACCUCAGAAGGCUUCUGCACCGUCGACGCCUUGGCCGUUGCAAUCCCCUUCGCUUCAUUCCGAUGGGCUCCCCAGCUUCGUCGACCGAGUGGCUGGAGUUUUAGGCCCCGCGGCUGGCUCGGAUGUUCUACCAUUGGAAGAGUACAAGAGCAGGUUGGCAACGAUUUACUCGGUGCACAACCCUAGCAAUGUUUCCAAGAUCGGCUACUUGUUGAGCAAGUACAAGGAUCAGGAGCAGCUGUUGUACCAAAGUGUUUGCAGCAAGUAUCAAAUCCCAUCAACAUGGGAUGGGCGCCAACCCCUGCCAUCACUGCCCUUUGCUACACAGGUACAACCUUCGGAGACGCAGCACAAAGACCAG